AUGAUGGAAGUGGUGCUGAACAGACUCCGGGAUUUCUCCUGCAGGAGCUCCCAGUUUGAGGGCAAGGCUGGGGCUGGAGCCGAGGCCACCGGGGGGCUGUGGCGGGACGUCCCACCCAGAGACAAGUGCAGGACAGCGGGCCACAUGGACAUCGAGAGCGCCCUGGCCUGGCUCCGGACAGAACUGAUGGAGAUGCGUUGCCAGGACCAGGCCCUGAUCCGACAGCUGAUGGAACUGCACUCGGGAAUCCAGGAGCUGAAGCAGGAGUUGCGUGAGGAGGAGGAGGAGGAGGAGGAAGAGGAGGCGGCGUCUGGGGAGAGGGAAGGCAGCGAGUGGGACAGUGACAGCGACCACAGCAGCAGUCAGUAUUCCAGCUCAGGGGAAGUGUCUUAUCUGGCAACCCCCAUGAGGAAGUACAAACGCUCACGGAAGAGAGGAGUGAGGAGGAGCUCUGUGCCCUGA